UGCCUCAAAAUCUCACGCUGUAAACGCAGGCAGGAGGCACCUGCUGUGCCUCAGGCCGUUUCCCUGCCCCGAGCCGAGCUGCUGCCCAAACAGUACUUUAACCCAGCUCUGGCUGGGUGUGUUUAAAUAAACACAGGAGGUUCCCCAACAGCCUUCCCUCGGGCCCCGAGCUGCUCACCAGCACUCGGCACCCAGCACACCCCAGAAAUGCGCUUCCUUCCCCGCCUCGGCCUCUCGGCCGCCCUGGCCAUCGCCGCCUUCCUCAGCUGGAGGCUGCUGCUCCAGACCCCGGCCCACAGGCGCGGAGGUGACCUGGCCCCCAAGGCAGAGGAGGGCUUCACUUUGACACUGGACACCUUCCUUCACGUCCAGCAGCUCAGGAAGAGGAGACUGAGAGCUUUCUGUAGCCAAGCAGGCAAAGUUGCCACACUGGCAAGCAGCCGGGACGAGAAAGCCUCCCUGCUCCCGAGUCUGAGGGUGAACACCAAGCUGGACUUCCUGUACUGCCAAGUGCCAUCAACAGGGGUGGAGGAAUGGCAUCAGCUUUUGGAAAAGCUAGAGGAGGAAAAUGUGACGCUGCCAGUGCCACUCCCCUACCGCCGGCUGCACGCUAAGGAGACACGGCUGAGCGCGUUCAACCAGACGGAGGUAAAGGCCAUGCUGGGGUCUUACACCAAAGUGCUGUUUGUCAGGGACCCUUUCCACAGGCUGAUCACCACGUUCCUGCAAGGCAUGGGCAUCAGCUCAUCCUUCAGCAGCUUCGUCCAGGAAGUUCUAGACAGUGGAAUGCACAAUGGCAGCGUGGCUUGGAAACCACUGGUCAGCCUGUGCCGGCCCUGCCUCAUCCAGUAUGACUACGUGGUGAUGUUUGGCUUCCUCAGGGAGGAGCUGGGCCACCUGCUGCGCCAGGCUGGGCUGCCUGCAGGCAGCCUCCCCCCCGAGCUCACUGACAGCCAGGUGCAGUGGACCUACAGGUGGUUGUCAGAGCAGAUGUUCAGUGAGCUGUCUGCCCAGCAGAAGAAGCAGCUGUCUCAUUUCUACCGCUGGGACCUUGCUGCUUUCCCAUUUUCUAGCAGUUUCCUGUCAGACCGCCCCAGCACCGUGAAGACCUGGGAGAAAUAGCCCCACGGAGGAACUGUUUCAGGGAGCGUUAAUCCAAAGGCUUCAAGGUUCUGACAAGCCUUUACUUGCAGGGAGGUUUUCCAUGUCACAGUCCAAAGGACUUGUCAGAGAGCUAAGACACACCACUGCCAGGGACGGGGGAUCAACACCGCUGUGUACUGUUUAAACACAACACCUGCAGGCACUAGGGAAACUUGUGGCACAAGUCAGAAAAGUCAGAAAACUACCUGAACUGAACUGUGAUGAGAUAAAGCAGUUUGGGGUGGGGUGGGUUGGAGCUGCUGCAAACUACAGCAGCAUCACACAUGCUGUGCCCACACUGACAUUUCAUUUUCUGGGCUUUUGUUGGGCCAAGAGGUUUGGCAGUGGCUUCUUCAUGACAGAUCUUCCCAUGCAGAUACAAGAAGUGCUCCCAAAGGAGCAUAUCACCUGGAGACUGAGAUAGGGCACAGGGUGGCACAGCCUGCUGGGCAACCACUGGCAAUGUCCCCAAUCUUUUCAUGCUCAGGGAGGCUCAAGCCUGGCCCAUUAUUUGCUCUUUUCUGUUCUGUGUGAACUGUUCCUGUUUUACAACCUCAUCUCCUAUGUGUGUGGGCUCAAGUGGGCCCUGGGGAUGGGACCCAAUCCUUGCUCCAUUCACAGGUUUUGAGUUUGGCUCCCCUCCUUCCAGGGCUGACUCCAAUAGACCAAGGCCACUGUUCAGCUCAGUGCACUAGCCCUGAGACAAGGAAGUGUCAGAGUGGACCAGGUACCAGCCACAGCACCAGACAGACUGUGUCUGUCCCACCUUGUGUCAGCAACUGGUGGACCCUGUGGAGGUGGCUAGAAGCAUCAGAAUGCAUCACUGUGCUGCUGUGGAAAACAGGAUGUGGCAACUACAAGCUCCUGCUGGCAGAGAAGCCCAAGGACUGACACUCCUUUCUUUCGGACUUGGCUGCCAGCAUGGCCAGACAGAGGCCCAGUCUCUCCAGCUGGCUCACGGCUUCAUCCAGCUGAGCAGCCCAGAGCAAUCACCCGUCCUCUCCCUGCUUUGGUCACUGAGCUGAUCUGACUCACAGCCCCUGGGAAGGGUCCAUCUUUGUCAAACAAGCACCAAGGAUGAGCUGAAGUUGUCUAGAUUUCAAAUCCUGACAGAUUCUGACCAUGGCAUACUUGUUUCCAGAGUAUUUAGCAGCUUUAUUUUGCAGUGUUGUGACAUUCACAGAGAAUUCCACAUACAUUCAUGGUACCAAUUUGACAGCACUCAUUAAAGAAUGUUAGUGAAAACUGUUGAUAGAACUGACCUAAAACAAUUACCAAAAUCUUGGCCUCCCUCUCUCCCAGAAGACCAUGCAAUUAAUAUCAUCAAAACAUCAGAUCAGCUGGGCUCCUUUCACACUCCUGCAAACUCUCCAGCUGCAGUAAUUACUAUGUAAGUGCUAUUAUUGUGCGCAGUACUUUACAGUCUAGCAAGAUGGCAUAGUUCCUCUUCUGAGGAUAAACUUCUGGAAGAAGAAAAGCAGCAAAUUUCCAAUUAUAUGCCAUUAAAUUAGAGUCUUGCAUCCAUGCUCUAUUUCACUGGAAAAUACUAGAAAAGUACUUGAUGAGUAGCUUUCCCUCCAGUGAUAGUGAGCUGAGACCCCACACAGCAAGAUGUGGUGUGAGGAGAUGGGACACAGCACCUGGCAGGGGACAGUGCUGUGCACUCAGGGCAGGAGAGCUGCUCCCUCCAGCUUUGCAGUGCAGGCCAUGCCUCAAGUCAGGGAUCUUUUCUUCCUGCCAGCCCUCUCCAGUGGGUCCCAGUCCUCUCCUAAGGUGCCUGGCACUUAGUUCCAUGGGAAAGCAAUGUAUGAAAUGUUCAGACAUUGAGAGGUGAUAUGAAAACCUCAGUUUCAUGUUCCUUUGAGUCCCACAGCACAGGCAGGUAGUACAGUGAUCUUUCUGUAAAUUCCUAUUAGCCUUCAAGCUUCCCUUUUCCCUAUACCCUCACAAUCAGUUGCUGUCGUUACUUUGCAACCCUGAUUUUUAUACCAUUGCCCUCCCCAGGUGUUUGAUAUAAUUUACAUUAAAUUCCAGUGAACCCCAAAAGGGAAGUGUUUCCUCUCUCCAUCAGCUGGGCAAGGGUAUCAAGAGGGCCUCAAGCUGGGAUGGGCAUGAGGGCCAGGGCUGCUGCCUGGGAACAAGUGGCUCACUGAUGCUGCAGCAAAACUGGCUCCACAGGUCUGCUCUGAACAGCCUGAUCUGAGCACUGCAUGUACGCAGAACUUGGCAAAUGCGCUUCAAAUUAACUCACAAAGCAAAUAGCAAAACAGAGAUUUGAUACAUCUAAUUAAAAAAAAUUUCACCUGACCAGGCAGUCACUGCAGCUGCGUGAGACACUCACAAACCCAUCCUGAAAUGAUGACAAUUCCAAAACCAGGGAGAGAAAGAACAUUUAUCCUAUUGGUGACAUCCAGCGUCUCCCAGGACCAUCACAGGCAGCAGACCUAUCAUGAGCACUGGCAAGUUUUCCUGGGAUGACACUGGGAGCUCCUUGAUAUCCCACUCUGCCUGUGUCUGUAUCCAUGCUCUGCUUUAACACAUUACCUUUGUAUUUCUUCCCAUCCUCAUCUGAAUGAGCACGUCCAGCAAGCCCACGAGGUGGAAUUCAUAUGAACAGCUGAUACCAAUCUACCUUACAGACUUUGUAUUUUGCACCCCUCCCUGGACACCCAAGAAUGUGGACACACAGGCUCUAAUAGCUGUUCUUGAACAUGAAUUAUCACGUCUUCUUCUCUAAGAGGUUUUCUACAUAUUACAUUAUUUUGUUUUCCUGAGAAAACAAAAAUGUGUUCUUGCCCAGUACCUCAGAGCUUAAGAACCACCAGUAUCAUGUUUCAAUUAAUAAAACAAUUACAUAGCAAGCCCAACAGGCACAAAAUACUUCCUGCAACUCACAUAUACAAAUUCCCUUCUAGAUGGUAGAUCCAUAGUAUUUCAAGUUGAGAAAUAAAUCUACACCUUCCCAAGCAAUAUACCCUGGAGUGUUUAAAAAAAUAUUUCACACUGAGCAUACAUUUUCCAGUCCUAAGAUGAAGGCCGAUUUAAAGAAGUUGGUAUAUGAGCAAAAUUUUAUAUAAGGAGUUACAUCCUCUUGCACCGUAUGUUUUUGAUGGCCCUGGGAGUGCAAAAUGAGCAAAAGGACAUUUUCACAAAGCAGUAGGCCAGAAAAACAGAUAACAGUUUGCAAAUGAUAAGCAGGCAUGGUAUGUGGCUGACACUAUCUAGAGAUAACAUAGUGCUCCAGUGUUGAAUCUGACAGUGACAAAACCUGUCAGGAGGGAUGCCCAGCACUAAAUCCAACAUGAAAAAUAUAUUCAAUCCAGAUGACACCAGGUCAUCACAUAGUCAGCACAUUUUUUAGACAAGCAGUCCCUGUAGCUAAAUGUACCCAUGCUCUUACAUUCAGCAAAACUAGAAUUCUCUUGAAAAGAAGGCAAGGCCAUGACAGCAAGGGAUUGACCCAGAGCCAGCUAAUCCCCAGCUGUGCCCAGCCUCCUCAUGCCCCUUGCUUAGGCUAGUAAAAAUUGCCUUGGGAACAUCGACGAGCAAAUUUCUCUGUUACUCCAAGGUCUCUGAUGUCCUUUCCUAUUUAAUGGACAGGGAGAGAUGUGGAGGUGUGGGAUGGGAAAAGUCUGUGUCAAACAAAGCAGCAUCUUGCUGGAAGUACUCUUGGUGUAUUUAGUUUUUAUCUUUAAUCAGAGAAGACAAGAUAGCACUUGAACUGAAAUCUCAUUAAAG